AUGUACAACAGUGAGAAGUAUCAAUUGGCAUUCAGAAGCAGUAACACCAACAAUAAUUUCUUUAGUAGAACUAAAACAAAAAUUCCACACGAGGAUAAAUCUAACGUCGUUUAUAAGAUUAAAUGUAAUGGGGACGGGUCCAACGGGAGCUUGUGUCGAACCUGUUCGAAAAGGGCAGCUUGUGUCGAACCCUAUUCGAAUAGGGCAGCUUGUGUCAAACCCUAUUCGAAUAGGGCAGCUUGUAUCGAACCCUAUUCGAAUAGGGCAGCUUGUGUCGAACCCUAUUCGAAUAGGGCAGCUUGUGUCGAACCCUAUUCGAAUAGGGCAGCUUGUGUCGAACCCUAUUCGAAUAGGGCAGCUUGUGUCGAACCCUAUUCGAAUAGGGCAGCUUGUGUCGAACCCUAUUCGAAUAGGGCAGCUUGUGUCGAACCCUAUUCGAAUAGGGCAGCUUGUGUCGAACCCUAUUCGAAUAGGGCAGCUUGUGUCGAACCCUAUUCGAAUAGGACAGCUUGUGUCGAACCCUAUUCGAAUAGGACAGCUUGUGUCGAACCCUAUUCGAAUAGGGCAGCUUGUGUCGAACCCUAUUCGAAUAGGGCAGCUUGUGUCGAACCCUAUUCGAAUAGGGCAGCUUGUGUCGAACCCUAUUCGAAUAGGGCAGCUUGUGUCGAACCCUAUUCGAAUAGGGCAGCUUGUGUCGAACCCUAUUCGAAUAGGGCACCUUGUGUCGAACCCUAUUCGAAUAGGGCAGCUUGUGUCGAACCUAUUCGAAUCGGGCAGGCAGCUUGUAUCGAACCCUAUUCGAAUAGGGCAGCUUGUGUCGAACCCUAUUCGAAUAGGGCAGCUUGUGUCGAACCCUAUUCGAAUAGGGCAGCUUGUGUCGAACCCUAUUCGAAUAGGGCAGCUUGUGUCGAACCCUAUUCGAAUAGGGCAGCUUGUGUCGAACCCUAUUCGAAUAGGGCAGCUUGUGUCGAACCCUAUUCGAAUAGGGCAGCUUGUGUCGAACCCUAUUCGAAUAGGGCAGCUUGUGUCGAACCCUAUUCGAAUAGGGCAGCUUGUGUCGAACCCUAUUCGAAUAGGGCAGCUUGUGUCGAACCCUAUUCGAAUAGGGCAGCUUGUGUUGAACCUGUUCGAUUAGGGCAGCUUGUGCCGCACCUAUUUGAAUAG